UCCUUGCAGUUAUACUUGUUUUUUAACACAAAACAUGGCAAGACUUUGGAUUUUGACUCAGUUAUUACUGGUGUGUUUUGCAGCCUCUUUUCUUUUCUCUGAGUCCAAUGUGAUGAGAGCAGCUACUCACAGUCCCAGAGUUGCCGGGGUCUUCCUGCUCAUCGAAGGAGGAACGUACACUUUGAACUUCACUUCUGCCAGAGCUGCCUGCUUGUUACUGAACGUAACCAUAGCGACCAAAAACCAAAUGGAGCGAGCGUUGCAGCGGGGACUGGAAAUGUGCAAAUAUGGCUGGAUUGCAGAACAGAUUGGAGCCAUCCCACGGAUUAUAUCUGACAAUAACUGUGGACGGGGCAAAACUGGGUUGGUGCUGUGGUCGGCAAGUCCAGAUAAAGCGUUUGGUGUUUUCUGCUUCAAUGCCUCAGCAGAUUCAGAGGAAACUCAGAGUACGACAAAAGCCGUCCCCAGAACCUCCACAUCUCCAACCAUGCUGACUUCACUGACUCAAACCCCAACACCUACCACACCUACAGUUAAAUCAACAACCAGGGCUCCAUCUUCAAGAAAGCCCAAAACAACAAAAUCCCCUGAGCAGACAUCUGCUUCUGCUCUCCUGGUCAAGACAAUCCCUUCUACUAGGAUGUCCUCCACCUCCACUUCUCUCGAUUCUUUCUCCACCCAUAUUCCCACAUCUCUCUCUCACCUCAUCAGCUCAAAACCAACAGUCCACACUGUUGCUCAGUCUGCCAGUUCUGCAAAAACUUCUCUCGGAGUUGUGUCAACAGCCCUCAUCAUACUUGCCGUCAUUCUCUUACUUCUGGCAGCAGCAGGUGCUACGUGGUACUACAAACUGAACCCAUCUUGUUGUCCAGGGCAGCAGAAAGAUGACAUAGAGACAGAGAUGUGGAAGCAUACAGACAGUGAAUUGGACCUGCGGAGUCAACAUGGAGCAGAGGAUGAUGAUGGAUAUGAAGAACCAGACAGGAAGUACUCCAGUGAUAUCACGCUGUGUGUGAAUCCAGACAUCAAAAAUCAAAUGCAUGGGCAAUAAUACCCAAAUGUUUAAAAAAAGUUUUAUACAGACUCGAAGAUGGUUUAUUUCCUAAAGGGUUUGAUGGUUUUUUUGACUUUUCAAUGUGAUUGUAAAUAUUGUACAUCUUAUAAGAGCUUUUUCGUCUAAACUUACUUUUACUUAGAUUGGUGAGAUGCAGUAACUCAGAUCGACUUAGUUUUUUUUUUUAUCAAACGGUGCAUUUUUUUCCAUUAGAAAUCAAGAGUGGCCACAGGUCAGCCAUCACAUUCCUAAAAAAUGUGCAGGUUUGGUUUGCAGGUGAAACUGCAUAGAUGCAAUUACGGCAAGAACACAAUUAGCAGUAAUAAAAGACAUUAAAGAAGUACUUAUAUGUUUUAAUAGUUUAAUUACCCCAGAAAGAGGCGUGCAUAUGGAAUUAUAUAUUGGUAUAUAGCAGAUGAAAUUACAAGUUAUGACAGAUACGGACAUAACCAAGAAUAAAUAUUUGGAGAAACAGGAUUGCAGUGCCUCCAUCCGUUGGACACAGGGGCUUAUUGAAUGUUUUGAUGAUAUAAAAAUGAUAUGACCCAUAUGCUAUGGCCUUCACUGUCACCACAUCCAAACCCAUGGAGAACUUUCCACCCGAUGUGUUAGAUAGUGCCCUGCACCACCAUCAUCAGGACAGUAAUUGAGGAAAUGUGUUUCAUCUCACCAAUGGAGUUCAGAGUUUUUUGGAGAGAUUCCAGUUGCAGUGAAGCUGCUCUGGCAGUGUGUGUAGAAUCAAACACCUACUUAUACAAGUUAUGUAGGCUUUUAUUUCAUUUGUCCCUUAUGAUCCAUAUGUAUUGUGGAAACUUGAAGUGUCUAGUGCACACACUUGCAGAAAGGAUAUUAUCAGUGAUGUAUGGUAUCUGCACAUUUACAGUGAACAUUAUUUUGUAGAGUCUGGGGUUUUAAUGGAGGGAAAAAAGUCAUCUAUUUCUGUAAUACCUCAACCAAAGCAGGUUUUGUUUUCACCUCUUUCCAUUGUUUUCUUGGGUGGUUUAUAAACAGGAUUACGCAAACAGCUAUUGGACAGAUUAUCCUAAAUAUGGUGGGAGGAUGUGGUAUGUAUGGGUCAGGGAAGAACCCAUUACAUUUUGGUAUGGACCCAAGGAUUUUGGACAAAGAGUACAUCUUUCAACAUUUUCUUUAUGCUCUCAGAGAGUUAUUAAUGGAUGUUGAUUGAUAAAAUCUGUUAUGAUCAGGAGAUUAAUGUUCAAGUGUGUGUGCAAGAUCCAAAUAAAAUCUGGAUCUAGUGAA